UAAGAUUUUUUUUUUAGAUGAUAGCUUUAUGAUACGGAAAUUGGUAAAAAUCGAGUUUGCAUGCAUUACAGUGUAAAUCCUUGAAAAACAACUGAAUCGAGCCGAGCGCAUCCAGGUACUUCAUGUUUGCUGGUAUGUUUCUUUCGGGGCCAAGCUCCUACGGAACCUCGACCAUUUCGAUCCUCCCCGUCUUCGGAUCCGUGGAAGAGGCAAGAGUGGCCACACUCAAUAGGCGGGCAGCCUCCCUGGCGUCGGCCCCCGAGAUGAGGGGCGCAUGUCUCAUCCUGGCCAAGGCCUCGCUGGUGCGAAUGAGAGACUCGAGCUGACGGGGCGUCGCCGCCAGGGUUCCGUUGUUUCCGGUUCCGAUCUUUCGAAGCUUCAGAUAGCGCUCAAGGAGCUCUUCCUCCGCGGCGUCGCCCAGGCGCGGGUGGACGGUGGCCCGUGCGUAAUCGAUGUAGUCCCUCAACAGGGCGGUGUCCAAGGGGGGCUCACCAGCGGUGGGGGUCUCCUGGUAGAGGCCGACCAAGUGCCUCGCGAGCCUGCGGUCCGCGUCGGGGGAUGCAUUGUCGAGGACCAGGUAGACGAGAUCAAACCGGCUGAGGAGGGUAGGGGACAGGCGGAGAUUUUCCACCACACUCCUGCGGGGGUUAUAUCGCGACUCCGAGGGGUUCGCCGAGGCCAGGAUCGAGGCCCGGGCGCGCAGGCUAGAUACUAUCCCGGCCUUCGCAACCGAGACGGUUUGUUGCUCCAUGGCCUCGUGCAGGACCGACCGCGUCGCAUCCGACAUCUUAUCGAACUCGUCGAUGCAGCAGAUUCCCUUGUCAGAGAGGACCAGUGCCCCGGCCUCUAGAACGGGAUCGCGGGUCUCAGGGUCGCGUACCACCGAGGCCGUGAGUCCGACCGCGGAGCUGCCCUUUCCCGAGGUGUAUAUGCCGCGGGGGGUGAGCUUGUGGACGUAGGCAAGGAGCUGUGACUUGGAGGUCCCGGGAUCACCGCAGAGAAGCACGUUGAUAUCUCCGCGCUUACGGGGCCUGGUGUCGUCAUGGUCGUGGUUCUCGCCGUCGUUCACCCGCCGCACCUGAGUUCCGCCGAACAGCAUGCACAGUACGCCCUUCUUAACGUCGUCUAGGCCCCAGAUGGAGGGCGCUAGAGAUCGGGUGAGGAUGUCGUAGAUGUCAGGCCUCCUGGAGAGGGCUACAAGUUCCUCCUUCCGCUCCGAUGUAAGAAGCUUGCACCUUCCAGAAGCGGUGCCCACCCUCCGUGGUAGUGGUUGUCUUCGUUGGGGGUCUUGUAUUUUCAGUUCUCGUCGCUGUGAUUGCAGUCGCGGUGGCUCCGACGAAUCCCCCGCCAUCCCUGUGAUCCUUCGAAAGUGCAGGACAUCAAGAUAGGUUUUGUAGACAGACCUGACCCGGGUGGCCCUCGGGUUGACCCGCACCGACUGGGCACGGAGGAUCCCCGUCGCCUCGAUCCGGUCUCCCGGAACGGCAGCGUCGACCAGGUCGUCGAAGCAAUAGACCGCUAAAGAGGCCGGGGUCCGGCCAGCCGGCACCGCUUCGGGCGUCUCUUGCAAGCGAACCAGCUGCUUGUUGGCAAAGGAGCAGCGGUUGUGCUCUAGCCGGUGUGAGUCCCUCGUUCCGCAAGAGGGGCACACCGCGGGCUCGGAGAUCCUCCCCCGGUCGACCGCUACGUUGUGAGCGUGCCCACAGACGCAGCAGGAAAAGUGGGCAAUCCGGAGGUCCGGGACAACCGGGCUGCAGCGCACAACCAUGCCCUGGAUUGCGACAAGGGUGUCGACUGUGAUGGGAUCGAGGCACCGGAGGCCCUGGACCUCCCUAAGGUUAAAGGGCCGGAUCUGGACGACGGGGGGUUCGUGUGGGAGGUGUGAUUCGUGUUGCUCUUGGUGGCCCGCCCUGAGUUCCUCCAUCUCGCGCCUCACAACGAGGUCCAAGAGCGGGACGAUUUCGGAGGGGUAGUGGAGUAGCUGGUGAUAGAGCUUCUGGCAGGCCGCGUCGAAAAAGCACAGGUGCAUCACGUCUACGUCGAGGCUGGCCGGACCGGUCCGUUGAACCAUGGAUUCCAGCUCGGAGCUGUAGACCGGGGGUGGAAGCGAAGAGUUGUCAUCGAUUUCGUUGUCGCUGUCGUCAUGGCCGCGCAGACCGCGAAAACCCCGUAGGAAUCCCCGAAAGGCCUGGGCGGCCUCAGCGACGUCUAUGUCGGUCCCCCGCGGCGUGGCAAAACCAUCUUGGGCGUCUAGAAAGUCACCUUCGUGGUUUUCGUCAUUAAUAUCGUUUUCUGUCUCUUCGUUUACGUCGGCGUCACCGUCACUCAUGACCCCUCCGAAUCGCGGCCGCCGGCUCCCCUGGAAAACUGAUCCUCCACCGACUUCCAGAGGCCUGGAGGGAGUAGGAGGGGCAAGGGGCGAUAGAGCGGAACCUUCGUCCGUCGGCGUGGUUGGGAUACCGUCUUCGGUGCCUCGUUCGUCGACGUCCAUCUGGGCCGCGGCGAGGGUGGUAGCGUUGUGUGCUUUGCUACGCGUUGUGAAAGGAAGCGAAGAGAGAGUUUACAGUGGCUCGGAAGACCCCGCUAGGCUUCGGCUUCCCGGAGUUUCCGUCGAAGCGGACGGUCCGGGAGCUGGCCUUUUUUUUAGGAAGAUGGCUUUAAAACGACUCUCGGGCUAUGUGCGGUGUCUGGAUUGGGGGGAAGGCUACAGCUCGAACCUCGAAACGAAAGGGAGGGAACGGAAGUCCUACUCCGACCUCUCGUCUGGUUGGGGUUUGGAUUCGGUUCCGUUGCUGAUGAUUUACUACUACGUGACUUUUCUUCUUACUAAUACAAGCUGGUUUGUACC